AUGAUUAAAGAAGAUGAAGAUGAUGACAUUCCACCUUGGCUGAGCCAAGUCCAGGAACCAGAAAAAUUGAAAAUGGUCCAACGCCUGGUUUUAAGACGACGAUUGUCGUACAAUACCAAAAGCAACAGGAGACGCAUUGUGCGUACACCUGGUGGCAAAUUGGUCUACCAAUACCUGAAGAAACCCAAGAAGAUCCCCAGGUGUGGUCAAUGCCAUGACAAGCUCAGAGGUAUCCAACCAGCGAGACCAAUGGAGCGGUCACGUAUGUGCAAACGUAAGAAGACAGUAAAGCGCGUCUACGGAGGUGUCUUGUGCCACAAAUGUGUCAAAGAAAGGAUCGUCCGUGCCUUCCUUAUCGAGGAACAGAAAAUUGUCGUGAAAGUAAUCAGAGCACAACAGGCAUCCACUAAAGCUAAGAAGACCGAUAAAUAA